CUUUUGCUGUCGAAUCUUGUUUUCAUAUCGGCAUUGUUAUCCUUGAAGGUGAAAUAGCUACGUAUCGGUGCCGGGAUUUUUCUUGUUCUCCAACUCGUAAGUGUGAUUGAAUUCAUCACAUGGUGUAACGAUAACUGGAUGCCGGAUUCACAAACAAAGCAAUGUGAUUUAAUAGGAUUGUUCUUUGCUACCAUUUCCUGCCUUGCUUCGUACUUUGGGAUCGUUGCAAUGUACUUUAUGUACGCACCCGAAAAAGCGUGCAUGUUCAACAUAUUUUUCAUUACAUGGACCGCAAUUUUGGUUAAUGUAUUGAUGAUCGUAUCUCUACACUCAAAAGUUAAUCGAGGCCUUUUAUCAUCUGCGAUUAUGAGUUCGUACAUUGUUUUUCUUUGUUGGUCUACAAUUCAAAGCGAACCUUCAAAUGACAAAUGCAAAACACGAAAGUGGAUUUCUGAUAACGAUAAUUGGACAACUAUACUUGGAUUUCUCAUUGCUAUAUUUGCGAUUGUGAUGGCAACUUUAUCGACCGGAACUGAUUCUAAAUUUUUUCAGUUCCGAGAAGUUGAGGUUGAAUCCGACGAUGAAAUUCCUUAUCAAUAUGAAGUUUUCCACUUCAUACUCUCCAUCGGAGCAAUGCACUUCGCAAUGUUAUUCAUCAGCUGGGAAUUAGACCAUACAACCAAAAGAUGGAGUAUCGAUGUUGGUUGGAUUAGUACAUGGGUGAAAUUCAUCAAUGAAACAUUCGCCGCUAGCCUUUUCCUAUGGAAAUUGAUUUCACCGGUUGUGUUGAAUAAAGACAUUCAAACCGAAGAACCUUCGCUUCCCUAUUCGUAUCUCCAUUUUGAUGGUAUAAUGUUCUAAUUUACAUUGUUUAAAGUUUAGAAAACAAUAGUUCCGGUAGCAUAUUAAAGAUAGAGAAUACGAAUUGAAGGCAUAGCUCUUAAUAGAACAAUAUAAAGUGAUGAUAUAAUCAAUUUUGUUCUCUUAUGACAGUAAUCUAAUUCGUAUUUUCUAUUGUUAAUGUACAUUGUAGAGAAGAACAAGAAAAGGUUGGUUCUCGGAAAAUAGAAAGCUUAACAAGAAUGUUAUUCCGAGGAAUCUACACUUUGCUUUUGCUGCAGGGAAGCAAUUUUCGAAGAAGAUAAAAGGAAAAAUGAAUGCAAUUGUUGAAGAAAUUCACUCAUUGUCUUCCAUGGAUCAUGAUCAUGAUCAUGAUGUUCAUGUUCCAACAAAUACAGGGACAACAAUGUUUGUUCAUCAUGUGAGAAACAAUCAAAACUGCAGAAAUAUCAGCAUGAACAACAACAUUCACGGAGUGACCAAUUCUGUGUUUUUUGGCAGUGAAUUGAUCAUGAGAGAUCCUGCAACAAGAUUGAACAUGAAGCAGCUGCCAAUUCAAUGCAGUAUGAAUGAGAAGAUGAAAUUUGUUGUGAGAUUUGGAUUCAUUUUGUUGUUGUUUUUGUUUUUCUGGGAGUUUGUAACAGUUUGGUCAUAA